GUGACGUUUUAAAUAAAUAUUGACUUUAAGGAUAUACAUACAUGCAUACAUGCAUAUAGGAAGCAUUGUUCAAGUGAUUAUAAUAUAGUGUAACCUUCGGUAACACUCCAGAGCGUCAAGCGUUGAGCACGUAUUUGAAAUUCAAAUUAACGCGCCCAUUUCUAUGCUCAUAGAUACAAACGCGUGCAUACUUUAAAGCGAAUGACUAUGUAGUUUUACCCACUAACGCUGAUAAACAUAUUUACAUACGUUUAUCGGUAUAUAAAUAUAUACAUACAUACAUAGUAUGUAGCUUACACACAAGUUGGCUUACGUUGGACUUUUCGCUUGUACUUAGCCUUUACUCGUUCUUCGCAGAAUUCCUUUGUACAUUCUUAUGUAAAUGAGAAAACGCCCACAAGGGUGUAGUGAGGUAUGUGAAUUAGUGAAACAAACAAUCAAUAAACUAGUUGAAAAAAAAUAUGCGCGAAUUCAACACGUUAAGUAAAGGAAUGUGUGUAUAAAUAACAAAUUGGAAAUCGAAUAUAUUAUAUUACAAACGUACAUAUAUACAAAAUAACAAGUACUUUUGCUUAUAUAAAAGUGAAGUUGAACACUCAGUGAAUACCUAAUCAAGCUUUUUUUAAAGGUUUUUUUUGUUUGUCGACAGUGUGCGGCCGCUUGUGGUCAUGUGUUAAAAAAUAAAUGUAUAAAAUAAAAUAAAAAAAAUUAUAAUAAAAAAUAAAUUAUUCUGCCUACGUAUCCUCUAUGAAUAAUUAGGCAUUUAAUUUAGCUGCAAGUGUAAAUUGAAAUAAAAGCCAACAAAAAAAAAAAAAAAAACAAAAACACAAUAACAAGUAAACGAAAGUGAGAGAAUCAAGUGUAAUAAAGAUACUUCCUCAAUUUGUUUGGUGUUGUUUUAAGGACGAAGCUGCAGCAUCAAUCCUCGUUAAACACACCCGACAGUGGCGCGGUGCACCAACGCAAACAAUUGCAAUAAAUCAAAGCUUGUCAGAGAUCCUCUGGAAUAUCGCCUGAAAUCCGCUGCCAACAGCUGAAACUUUGCCCACCUGCAAAUACACCUGGGCAAACAUACAUGCAUACAUGCACGUAAGUGGAUAUAUGCCAGCUUGUGGCGUGUGAACGUGUUAAAAAUUUAAUUUGCAUAAAUAGGAAAUAUUUCGUGCGUUGACAGUGCAAAUAUUUACAAACAUAUGCGGCAAUGCUAAAAAUCAUUGUGCAAUAAAUUAUCGCUGGACGCAUUUGUUGUUGAAAAGUGCAAAUUUCAACGCAUACUUAAUGUGUAAUUUAAUACUGACACAUGUACAUACAUACAUAUAAACAAACAUAAAUUUUUUAUUUAUUUGUGAUAAGUAAACAUAAAAAUAAAUAAGUAAUUGAUUAAUAGCGGUGGCAAAUUAACAAAUGCAUAACCGCAUAAAUAAGUUGAUGAUUAUCAGCUGCAUAUGUGUGUGUUUCACGUGUAUAAAACGAGUUCACAAAAACAAUAAACUUUAGCGGAACAAAGACGCUUAAAGAGAAUUAAAGAAGUGAAAGCGGAACAAAAGGCAAUUUGCUAUUUUCGCUUAAAAGAGAAACUUAAUUGAAAAAAGUAAAAAAAAAAAAAUAUAAAAGACAGGAAAUUCGUUAAAAAUUGGCUUUUGAACGCACUUAAAAGCGCAUAAAGCGUAGAAAAGUUAAACAACAGCAUUAUAAAAGCGUAAAUUAAAUAACAAAGCCACUUAGCUAAGACUUAAGCAGGUUUUUUUUUCUUAAUUUUUGCUUUUUUAUUCAUCAUCGCAUAAAGGCAGCCGGCAGCGGUAUUGCGGAAGUGUGGCAAUACAAAGCGAGUAAAUAAUUGUCGGUGAAAAGUGUGAAAAGGGAAAGAAAGUACGGAAAAAACGCAAAAAAAAAACACUACAAUAAAACACCGGGAACAGCAAAUAAUUAAACGAAAAAACGCUGCUACGUAACGAAACAAAAGCAACAUUUCACCAGUCACAUCCCAAGUGUGCCCAUUUUAGCAACAACAAUGCGCAUAAUUUCGCAUAGCAUACGUUGCGGCGCACAAACAUAUGCUGCCAACGUUACGAGCACAAUUAAACAAAGUAAAGCCACCGCCACUGCCACCGCCACUACUGUAAGCAACAACAAGAUCAGCAACAACAAUAGCGCCACCAAAUCCACCGUUACGCAACAGACACUGACUCAAGCUACCAAAACAAACAUACGCCGUCUCAUUGCACAUCGACAGUUGUCCACUGAAGUUGCGCUUCUGACUGCUCCACAACUAGUUUACCCCUCUUUGUUGGAGUCAUCUGCGUUCUCCCCUUCGGGCAACACUUCCAACUCAUCUGCAUUGCCAUCACCGUCAUCUACACCAACGUCGGCUUUACUUCGACGCUCCUACGCUGCACAAUUCAAAAUGAAUUGCCCCAUUUUAAUUGUAAUUAGCCUUGCUUGUAUCCUGCAUGCCAGCCUGCUGUGGAAUGGCGUGAGUGCAGCAAUUUCAAAUCGAGGUGAGUUUUUGCCCAUUGGAAUUCAACUAAGUGCGCUGAGGCGGCUUUUGCUCAUGCUCGUACACAGUAUAUAUUGAGUGAGUAUGA